AUGAAGGCGACAUUGCUCUCCGCUCUGCUGAUCGCAUCAGCGUCUGCCGAUGCAGGCACUUGCACCAAGGACGCAUGUCUCAAAGCAGUUGGGCUGUCCAAUUGCCGAGCUCGAAGAUGGCCGCCCGCUCAUGAGAGUGACUGUUCCUCAUUCCUUCGAUACACUUCGAUCCCUUCCGCGACGACUGUGACUGCGACUGGGGAGCAAUCCACCGUGACAUUGAAGGAUACCGAGACUCUGGGCCCGCAGACGGAUGAGGCGACUGCGACACAAGAGAAAUUAACAUCAUCUAGUGCUACCACCAGCAUUACUUCCGACCUUGUGACCGUGUUCGUUGCUAUCACCCCGACCAAGACUGUCACCGUCACUAUCACACCAGACCCUUACCUUGAAACCGAUGUUAACGCCAAAACAGUUGUUCAGACUGACGUGAAUACCAUUACGGAGACAACCUAUUUCGGCCUCCUUUCCAAGCGUGCUAUUGCCGCUCGAUCCACCAAGAACAUCCUUAGGCCAACAGACAUCCCAUCCUAUGCUGCAUCAUGCACAGAUGCCGAGCAGUACAGCAGUGCUUGUGCCUGUAUGGGUGUCCAAGAGACUACCAUCGAAGGAACUGGUUCUAUCAUUACAGAGACUGUUGAGCUUCAUCCUGAGACGGUUGUUGAUGUCCGCACGGAGACUAGACCUGCAGUGACUAUCACUACAACACUCCCAGCCAAGACAAGAACCGUUACUGUCACUCUCCCUGGACGUCAAAUCACUGAGACAACUACCGCCGACGCUACCACAGUUUCGACCUCCUUCACUGCCGAUCAAGACACCUCCGUCAUCACCCAGCACGCCACUGAGGUCGACCAGACGACAUCUGUCACCACUAAGACCCGCUCAGUCGGACCAAUCUGCACCACCUACACGCCCUCACAGACCUCAUGCAACUGCAAAUUCGAGGUCCUCUGCGACCAAGCAGUUACCGUCAGUUUAUCAAACUUUGAAAGACAUAUAGACUUCAACACUUUUGUUGGUAGCUUUGAGGAGUUUAUGCAGCGCUGUGACAACAACCCGAGCUGCCAGUUCGGUGAUUUCGCGUCCCUUCCACAGGGCGGUCUUUGCUCAAGUUACAGUGGCAAUCCGGGAGACUCUGGCACUUCGUCUCGAAGCGGUUCCAAGUAUUUUGAGAAGGACGGAAAUGUCGACUGCUCGUCUUGUUCACAGUAG